GGGGAAACCAUACUGAUAGAACAGCGCCUCUAGUACACAAUGACGAAGAAUGUGACCAAACUGGUCCUACAUCUAUACAGGCAGUCAGAUUGUCCAUAAACCCCGCCCAGGCUACAGAGAGCGCCAAUCACGUGCGGAGGUUGGCUGUGUUAGCUGAUGCUGAGCAGAGGCAGAGUGUCGUUUCUUCAUCCCCGGCCUGCUGCGUCCUCACCCCGCUCAGGCAAGAUGCAAGCAUUCUGAUCCAGCCUUUGGAAAAGCAGAGUCAUGCUAAUGGGUGUUGCCUUGAUCGCUCAGCUAUCGGACCUUUGCUCACAUGGCCAUAUCGAAAAGUCGGUUUGGUACAGGAAAGAGUUCCCUUCUUAACAGUAGUGUCAUCCUGCUGAAAUUUCUGACAAUUAUUUUUCUAGUAAUUUUUUUUUGUGAGUUUAUGCUUUACUAUUUUGUUAUAUUUCGGUGUGCCUGGCCAGACCUGAAGAAUGCUCCUAGUGCACACAGCUCGACACCCCUGAAGGCAAUGUUUUUAUCUGACACUCAUCUUCUGGGUGAAAUCCGGGGUCACUGGUUUGACAAACUAAGAAGGGAAUGGCAGAUGGAAAGAGCAUAUCAAAGUGCACUUUGGCUAAUGCAGCCUGAUAUAGUUUUCAUCCUUGGGGAUUUAUUCGAUGAGGGCAAAUGGAGUAACUCUAAGGCAUGGGAUGGUGAUGUUUCUCGCUUUCGGUCUAUGUUCAGAGACCCUCCCCAAACUGAACUGAUAGUUGUUGUGGGAAAUCAUGAUGUUGGAUUUCAUUACGAAAUGACUGAACAUAAACUGAAAAGAUUUGAGAAGGUGUUUAAUCUCACUUUGGAAAAAGUAGUAACUCGUAAAGGAAUAAAUUUUGUCCUGGUGAACAGUGUUGCUCUGGAAGGGGAUGGCUGUGUGAUUUGUAGAGCAGAAGAGGAUCGGAUUUUUAAAGUUUCCCGGCAGCUGAAUUGUUCCAUAAAAAAAAAUCAAUCCGAUUUUGAGAAGAAAUGUGGAAGACUUCACCUGCUGCCUCCAUCAGCUCCUAUCCUUUUACAGCAUUAUCCAUUGUAUCGGACAAGUGACUCAGAAUGUACGGGUGAGGAUUCUGCUUCUCCAGAGGAAAAGCAAGUUCUGUUUAUAGAGAAAUAUGAUGUUCUUUCACUGGAUGCUUCUAAAAAGCUGCUGCAGUUACUUCAACCAAGGUUGAUCUUAAGCGGUCACACUCACAGUGCUUGCACAGUUUUCCAUGGAGAUGUUCAAGAGAUCAGCGUUCCCUCCUUCAGCUGGAGAAACAGGAAUAAUCCAAGCUUCAUCAUGGGCUUGAUCACAGCUGAAGACUUUGCACUUGAAAAAUGCUUCCUUCCAUCUGAGAACACGGUCAUCUACACCUACUCUGUAGCAAGCAUGCUGCUAUUUCUCUAUGCAGUAUUCCAGUUGUCUCUAAUAAAUGCUUUGAAAUCCUUCUUCACGCCCAAGGAAAAACCAGUGUAAAGGAGGCAUGUUCCAUACUCAAGCCAUGCCAUAUGGAAAACACUAGUUUUUUUUUCUCUAGAAUAGACCAGUACAUUUUACCAAAUAUAUAUUUAUUAAAUGAUGUACCUGUACAAUAUGUGACUGUAACCUAUACAUUAAAGAAAAAAAAAAUCCUUCAUUGAUUUGAUAGCCAUAUCCCCUCCAGGACCAUACAGAUGAGCCCUGUGUGGUUAAGGUCAGCCUGUGGACACUUUACCUUUCUGUUCUUUUUUUUAUUUCACUUCUCAGGCCAACCUGGAUAUUAAUGCUCAAAAUGAUACUUUUUUACUUUUUAUUUAAAUAAAUAUGAUUGUCUAUGAUA